GCGGCCGGCCCGGAACGAGCGGGCUGGGCGGGCGGGGGGCUCGAUGGGCCGCGGCUAGGCCGGCGGCGGCGGCGAUGCGGGCGGCAGGAUGCCGCGGCUCCCGGUGAAGAAGCUCCGGAAGCAGCUGAAGCUGCUGCUGCUGCUGGUGCUGCUCACCUUCGCCGUCUGGUUCACCUACCUCCACAUCAGCCUGGUGCGCCAGGGCCGCGCCCUGCGCCUCCCCUUCGCCUACGGCAGAGAUGGCGAGAGGCCGCCGGAGGUGACGGACCCGGCCCGGGGGCCGCCGGCAGCGGCGCGGCGCGGGACCGCCGAGGACUCCAGCGAGAGCCGCGAGGAGGAGCCGGCGAGCAAUGGGCAGGACUUGGAGGAAUGGUUUUCCAGAGGCUCCCGGUCCAACCGAGGCACCGCGCGCCCCAAGCUCAACCUGACCAAGCAGCCUUUGCCCUGGAAUGAGCAGUACAAGGGGAAGGCAAACCUGCACGUCUUCGAAGACUGGUGUGGAGGCGCCGUGAGGCACCUGAGGAAGAACCUCCAUUUCCCACUCUUUCCCCACACCCGCACCACAGUGAAGAAGCUGGCGGUGUCACCCAAGUGGAAGAACUACGGGCUGAGGAUUUUUGGCUACAUCCACCCCUUCAAGGAUGCGGACUUCCAGUUCUCCGUGGCAUCUGACGACAACUCGGAGCUGUGGCUCAGCUCCGAUGACAGCCCGGCCAACUCCCGGCUGGUGGCGUUCGUGGGCAGGCUGGGCACCGAGUGGACGGCGCCAGGGGAGUUCACCAAGUUCAGCUCCCAAGUGUCCAAGCCUCUGCGCCUCAUGUCCUCCAGGCGCUACUACUUCGAGCUGCUGCACAAACAGGACGACCGAGGGUCAGACCACGUGGAAGUUGGGUGGCGAGUUUUCCUCCCCAGCUUGAAGUUCGAAGUCAUCGACUCCUCCUCCAUCUCCCUGUACACAGAUGAAUCCUCCCUGAAGAUGAACCACGUGGAGCACAUCCCGCAGACCUUGGCCAGCCACAGCGGGAGCUACCUCUGGGAGGCUCAGCAGGACGAGCACGGGGCUGACAUGCUCAGAUCUGACCCCAGGGACACCUUCUUCCUCACCCCUGCCAUCGAGGCCUCCCGCGUGGAGAACGUGCUGGUGCCCUGUGCCUACAGCCCCACCUACGUGGUGAAGGACUUCCCCAUCGCCCGCUACCAGGGCCUGCAGUUUGUCUACCUCUCGUUCGUGUACCCCAACGACUUCACGCGCCUCACCCACAUGGAGACGGAGAACAAGUGCUUCUACAGGGAGUCCCCCCUCUACCUGGAGAAGUUUGGCUUUUACAAGUACAUGAAGAUGGAUGAAGAGGAGGAGGAUCCACGCCAGCACCCGUUCCUCUUCCUCAACGCAGACAAUUUCCUCGAGGAUGAGGAGGAGGAGGAGGAAGGAGCCGACAGCCCCGAGCCCACAGACCCCGCUCCCGGAGCCAAGGAGAGGAGCUUCCUGCGGGUACCCGGAGCCAAAGGGCAGGAGACGCCGCCGGUCACCAGGGACUAUGGACCCGAGCUGGACUAUUACAGCUUCGGGCGCAGGCAGGGCCCGGCCCGGGAUGAGGCCAUGCCCGGAGCACCGGGGCAGGCGGGAAGGGGGAGCAGCUCCCACGAGCCCAGCGCCAGCCCCGUGCCCGGCCCCCGGGCGCUCCAUGGGGAGGAGGACGAGGGCCCUGCGCCGGAGCAGGUCCAUGGGAGGAUGCUCCAUUGGUUGCCCCAGGACCCCAGCGAGGGCGAGGAGGAUGAGCUGGGGCUGCUGGCAUCCUCCAAGCGUGCCGGGGCCAUGAGCCUCCAAGCCCGCCGCGCUGGGCCCAUCUUGGGUGGCAAAGCCAGGACGCCGGGUCCCAGCGGGGCUGCGGCACCCAGGGAGGACAGAAGGGCCCAGAAACCCCAGGAGAAGGUCUACGUGACCCGGCUGCAGCCGGGCAAGCGCAGAGCCCCGGCCCGGGAGCCGGCCUUCCCUGGCCUCUUCCUUUACCCAAAGCCUCUCAAGAAAGUCCAUCUCCGCUCCAGGACCCCUCAGAAGCAUCCCAUUGCCUCCAGCAAGCUCCGUGCCGUGCCUGGGCACCGCAGCCCCUGGCUGCUGAGCAGCAUCUCCAGGGAGAGGGGCGCUGCCAGGCAGAGGAACCCGCAGGCAGGAGCCCGGAGGUGGGAGCCGAGGCCGGGCACUGAGCGGCGGGCGCUGCCCGGGCUCCUGGCGCUGGGGACCCAGGGGCUCUUCAGCAGAGAGAGCCAGGAGGAUGCAAGCCCUGCCCCGGGCCAGGCUAUGGCCACCCCCGGGUACAACUCCUCUGGGGCGAUGCUGGUGACGUCCUUCCUGAAGGGGUCAGGAACAACCGCGUCCCAGCAGCAGGAGGGGAAGGGGCAGGAGGAGGAGGAGGAGGAGGAGGAGGUGUCCGAGUACAGCUACGAGGCGGGGGAGCUGCAGCAGGGCUGGCUGGAGGACUCCAUCAACUGGCAGCGGACGUUCAGCGUGAGUGCCGUGGACUUCGAGCUGCUGCGCUCCGACUGGAACGACCUCCGGUGCAACGUGUCGGGCAACCUGCAGCUGGGCGAGAGCGAGGUGGUGGACGUGGUGGCGCAGUACAUGGAGAGGCUCAAUGAGAAGAACGGAGGCAUCUACACCCUGCUGAGGAUCAUCAACGUGGAGAAGCGCCGGGACACGGCGCGGGGGAACCGGUACCUGCUGGAGCUGGAGCUGGCGGAGCGCGGGCAGCGCACGGUGCGCCUCUCCGAGUACGUCUACGUCCUCCUGCACCAGGACAAGCGGGACGCCAGCGCCGAGGCCAACCCUGAGGGGCUGGCACUGGGGGCCACCGAGCCCCCACCGAGCACCUGGAGCAUCCUCUAUGGAAAACCCGUCCUGUGCCGGCCCCUGCGGCUCAGCUGGAAGCAGGACGUGAUGGUGCACUUUGUGGUACCCGUGAAGAACCAAGCCCGCUGGGUCCAGCAGUUCAUCUCGGACAUGGCCCAUCUGUACGGGGCCACAAAGGACCCCAACUUCAACGUCAUCCUGGUGGACUUUGACAGCGAGGACAUGGACGUGGAGAAGGCGCUGCAGGACGCGCAUCUGCCCCGGUACCAGUACCUGCGGCGCACGGGGAACUUUGAGCGCUCGGCCGGGCUGCAGGCUGGCGUGGACACGGUCGAGGACGGGCACAGCAUCGUGUUCCUCUGCGACCUGCACAUCCACUUCCCCUCCAACAUCCUGGACAGCAUCCGGAAGCACUGCGUGGAGGGGAAGCUGGCCUACGCGCCCAUCGUCAUGCGCCUGAGCUGCGGCAGCUCCCCCCGGGAGCCCAAUGGCUACUGGGAGGUGAACGGCUUCGGCCUCUUCGGCAUCUACAAGUCGGACUUUGACCGUGUGGGGGGGAUGAACACGGAGGAGUUCAGAGACCGCUGGGGCGGGGAGGACUGGGAGCUCCUGGACAGGGUCCUGCAGAGCGGGCUGGAGGUGGAGCGCUUGCGGCUCAGGAACUUUUACCAUUACCACCACUCCAAGCGCGGGAUGUGGAACGCCCGCAGCAAGAAGGCGCCCAAGGACUAGAGCCGGGCCCGGAGCCGCCGCCGCCCCGCUGCCCGCCCUGGGGGUGAUGGGCGCCCGCUCGUCCCCAGCCCGGCCGCUGCCGGUGCCCGCUGCGCGCCGCGGGUGUCCCGGGGAG